ACUGAUAUGUUAAUAUCUGUUGUGUAUGACUCCAUUACAAAUAACAUCAUCAUAUACACAUUAUGGAAGGUUUGAUUCCAAGGCUUUGCCAAAACGACUGUACUUGAUGAUCUGGAUUAUAUCCUGUUAAGCGUAGACAGUGGUCGCUUCCUCCAAGCUCACACUGUCUGAAGCAACCCGGUUGUCUUUAUGCAGGUGAUCAAUUGUUUCACUUAAGUGGAAUUUGUUAGGCACCACACGCAUUUUGUUUUUGUGAUGGAGAAGUCCAUGUUGUUCCUUAAAAUGUCAGUUCUUUUGAGAAUCUCUGUCAGCGAUCAUUCGAUGUCAAGACUAAAAGAAAAAGCGUUUUAAAAGGGCAAAAAAAAAAAAAAGGAAGGAAACAUAUGAAUCUCAGAAUCUACUGUUUUGAAUUUUCAAAGCAUCUGAAAGGACUCAAAACACUACAAACUGCUCAAGUUAUUUCUUUUUAUUUAUUUCCCUCUGUGCUUGACAAAGAGCCAUUUGGGCCCAAACUGCCCAAUUCUUCUGUGACUUAAAUAAGAAUCAGUUAACAGAAGCACUUCACAGAGUCCUGUCAGAGGCAGAGCCUUCACGGUCGACUUUUUUUGGACUCAGCAGCUCGACAAAACAGAUGUGUGUUUGAAAGGGUCAAAUUUAAACUUACGCUGUCCCCUCAUACAGUCAAGCUUUUUACCCGCUACAAAAUAACGGCUCUUCCAACGGCUCACAUAUCCCAUACUGUUUUGUUUUUUGUUUUUUUCAAAUUUGAGUCACAGUAAGGACUACAAUUUCACACACACACAAACACAUGCAUGAACGGUCAUCGCCCUACUAUUCUUCUCCACACAGUGGCAGGAAGUUGUCCAGAUAUCCGCAGGGCCUCUGAAAAAAAAAGAAAAAAAAAAGAAAAAGAAAAGAGGAAGUGAACAGUGUGGUUUGGGUGGUGUUAGAAGGUGUUGGUGGUGGUGACGGUGGUGAUGGAAUUGGUCAACUUAACUCAGAGUUAACCGUUGAUUGUGAGCAGCAGGACUGUAGCUGCACCACAGGGCUACUGAUUUACAACAGCUGAAAACGCUGCUAGUCACGGCUGAGCUUCCGCGGACCAGAGGCAGGUUUACCAAACAGCUGGACUGGACUGCCAAGAGAAGAAAAGCCCCGCAGCUGCUGACCUGGACGGCUCCCGGAGAUGGUGGCUCUGAGGAUGUUUCUUCUGCUGGGACUGAGCUGGACGUGUCGAGCUGCUUCUGGUGAUCCAUGGGGUCAGUGCCCAAUCAUCAGAAAGUGUAAAGACAAGUUCGGCGACGGGUCAUGUGACAGAGAAUGUAUGGAGCCAGAGUGUCUCAGAGAUGGCUUCGACUGUCUGAAUGACAGGGGCCACUGCAAUCCAGACCACAUCAAGUAUUGCCGCGAUCACUACGCAGACUCCCACUGUGGCCAGGGAUGCAACAGCGCCCCCUGUGGAUGGGAUGGCAGCGACUGCUUCACACACCAGAGCCCUGUAUGGGCUAAAGGCACCCUGGUCCUUCACGCUAACAUCCCACAACAACGUGGCACCUUCUCCAACAGCUCGCUGCUCUGGGCGCUCAGCGUCCUCCUCCAGUCACCCCUCAAACUGAGAGGGUCCUACCCCCUCGCCAACAACAGGAAAUUGUUCGACUUUGACCCUCAGCAGCUCACCGACCUGCUGGCUCAGGCAACACCGGCUGACUCAAAUGGCUCCCUCCUUUUCCUCCAAGUGGACAACAGGCCAUGCUCCCGUUCACCCUCUACCUGUUUCCCCUAUGCCACCGAGGCCGCCAGUUUCCUACGUGCUGUAAUGUUACUGAAGCCUACCUCAUUCCCCAUCCUCCCAGAGCUGAAAGCCAUCAUCGGUAUUAGAGGUGUUCGAGAGGAGAUAGGAAGCAGAGAGGAGGAAACGCCGAAAAAGGAAGUCAAAAAGUCGAACCCUGUGUGGCUAUGGGCCGUGGUUGCCAUAGCAAUAGGCCUGCUGCUGUUGCUGCCCCUGGUGGUGUUCCUGGUGGUGAGGAGGGUGAGGCAGCAGCGGGCGGAGAGGGAGGGCAGUAACAGGGUGAAACACCGGUCUACAGUCAUCGACAACGACGGCAAAGCCAAGUCCUGGACUACGCACGCAGCCCACACAGAGCAACGGGUCAGAUCCAGCAGGGAAAAAGACAAGAUCAGCUUGAGGAAAAAGAAGAAAGCCAAGGAAGCAGAGAAAAAGAGGAGGAGGGAACCGCUGGGCGAGGACGCCAUUCGAAUGCGGCCUCUCAAAAGGGACCAGGACAUAGGAAGUGACACAGACUUCACCCAGAGUUCAAUGGAAGACAUCAAUGCGAGAUGCUCCAGACGACAGGAGGACACCUCCAUCUGCGACCACAGGACCCAGGAGCAAAAACACUUCCGAGCUGGACCCUCACAGUCCCGCAGACCCAUACAACCUCCACCUAGAGGAUGGGAGAGAAGCGCCAUGCCUCCUCCCCUGCUCAGUCCUCCCCAGCAGUCAGCAGAGUGGUGUGGCCCAGACGGGUCUGUGGUUCUGAUCCGAGCCGUGCGUAGCGGGCUGGACAGAGUGGUUUUGGAGCUGCUGCGAGCAGGAGUACCAGUUAACAACACUGAUCAUACUGGGAGAUCAGCCCUGCACUGGGCAUGCUCAGUAAACCACCUCUCCCUAACAAGGACCCUCAUACGCUAUGGGGCUGCCGUGGACCUGCAAGACAACAAGGGCGAAACACCGCUCUUCCUCUCUGCCCUCCACGGUUGCUAUGACACUGCCAGACUUCUCCUCCUCCACGGCGCCAACCUUGAACUGCAUGAUCGGCGGGGACGUCGACCGAUCGACGUGGCCCGAGAGGGCAUGCGCCACCAGGUCCUGGAACUCCUCCUGGCGCACCAAAUUCAGAGAGGGCCUGUUCCCAUCGACUCCGCCAACGACAUGUUGUGGGAGGAGCGCGCUCUGAUGUACUCGCCGUGGGUCGGUUCACAAGGCCUGCCUGGAAGAAGUGCCUCCUUCUCUGGGAUUGUAGGGCAUCGAGAUAUGACCCCGCCACCGCAAAAUGAUUGGUCGAUGAAUAGAGUGCAGUACCCCUCCCCUCAGAAUUGGCGACCACAGCUCAACCAAUCAGCAACUGCGCUGGUCCCUCCAAGAGUGAUGGGCCGCUCCCCUCGGCCAAUCAGCACCUUACAGGAGGUGACCUCAGAAGACGAGGACCGUGACAGGCACCAGGAGGUCCCCAGAGCUGCAACACCUCACUUCCUGUCACCCCAGCCGGCCCCUCGGCAGCGUUCCUUUUCCUGCACCCAGCAUGCAUUGCAGCGUCGCUCCAGUGCCCACCAGCCAGAGCCCAAUUAUAUCAUUGUGACAGACAGAACAGCCAAUGAGCCCAUAGAAAGAGUAAUGGUUUCACCUCCCACAGAUGUUGCCGCCCAAUCAGUUGUAAAUGGUGAAAAUCCCAGUAGAGCAGAACAAGCAGCGGUAAGUUUAACAAACACUGAGCAGAAAUCUAGAGGUGAGAGGUCAAACAACACUGCUGACUCCACACAAACGGCCUUGUAGAGAAGAGGCUCAGGCCAUGAAAUUUCAGCUGCCUUUCCAUUCAGCCCAUAGCAAUAGCACUAUACACACAACAGGGCGUGAAUACGAUGAUUUACAGUGGUUUGAUACAGCUACGUUGACAGAGAGGCACUGAGUGUUACUUUGGCAUCGGGCCUAAUAAUCUUAACCUCGACGCAGGGCAGGAGGCUUACAAGCUGGCCCACAGCUGGAAGCAGUCCAACCUUGAUUUAGUGUCCUCUUUGGGGUUAAUGAUUGUCCAGUAUGCAUCUGUCGGGUGUCCGCUGACAGAUGUGCUUGUUAGAUUACUUAUUUGCUACGUUCCUGUCAAAUUGAUACAGAGCAGCACUCGGAGAUGUUCCAGCCCAGACCACCCACCCCAGUUUUCACUCAGCCUUGCCUAAAUUAUUAUUAUUGUAUUUCUUACUAGGGAGGGGGAUAAGGUUAUUUGUAAGUUUUCUUUUACGUGGCACAGUCAAAUAGGUAAGAGAACAUGUGACCGACAGGAACGCCAGUCAAACCAGUGACGAAUGUGGAAGUCAGUCUGAAACUGAACCAUAGUGUAUUCACAUUGUCUUUGUCCUAUAACAGGCUGCAUUCUGAUUAUUGCAAGGAUGUCUGAGGAUUAAUGAUAAAAAAUUAAAUAAAAAAAAAAAAAACUAUGUGCAUCGUUGCACAAAGAUGUCAGAAUCCUG